ACCAAAAAGAAAAACAAAGGAGAAAACCCGAAAAGUGAUUCCCAGAGAGUGAAGAGGCCAAACACAGCACAAAUCCGAGGAACAUUGUCUGCGACACUUUGCUGCUCUCUCUCUAUGUAACGAGUUGAACCUUUGAACUCAACUCAACGUCUCCAUAGCUCUCUCCCUCUUUCGUGUUUUCUCUUAAUUUCUAGGGUUUUGCUUUCCCCAAUCCAAACGAAAAUUUAGCGUUCCCUAUGGGGGUUUCCUUCAAGGUGUCAAAGGCUGGCACUAGGUUUCGCCCCAAACCCCUUCCCCUUCCACCCCAAACUUCCCACGAUGGCGCAUCCGAAAAUUCCAAGUCCACCUCACGAGAGCCCCAGAGUGAACUUGUUGAGGCUUGUGAAAACAUUGCUCAGAUGCCCAAUUCGUCUGUUUUAUCUGAAACUCUUUCAUUAGCAGAGAGGGAAGCUUCUUUCACAUUGAGCUUGUUCCCAGAUGGUUAUUCUAUUGGAAAACCCUUUGAGAAUGAGGCAGCAAAUCAAUCAAAAUAUCAAGAUUUUCCAAAGUUGUUGCAUCCAUAUGAUAGAUCAUCUGAAAGUCUCUUCUUGGCCAUUGAGUCAGGUCACUUGCCGGGGGAUAUUCUGGAUGAUAUACCUGCCAAGUAUGUUGAUGGAGCACUUGUAUGUGAGCUGUGUCAAUUUUGUUACUCCAGGUGCGUGAUUAUAGAAGAUGCUCCUCUGCAGAAAGUUCUCCUACUGUUAGUAAAGUGUGCCUCAAGAUGUCAUUGGAAAAUAUUGUGAAGGAUAUCCCGUCCAUUACGGACAAGUCUUGGACAUAUGGUGAUCUAAUGGAAGUUGAGUCAAAGAUAGUGAAAGCUUUACAGCCAAAACUUCAUCUAGAUCCUACUCCAAAAUUAGAUCGGCUGUGUGAAAAUCCACUUCCCACAAAGCUAAAUUUGCCAAGAAAGCGAUUAAGGCAUAUGCCAGAGUUUGCUGUUACUUCCAGCAAUAAAAUUCAUGGGAAGAAAGUAUGCAUAGAUAGAGUGCAAGAGGGUUCAAUUAGCAGGUUAGGUGAUUCAGGAAACACUGUAUCCAAUACUAUUGUGCAGCAGACCCUUGAAAAUCCAGCAAUGCAAAAUCUUAAUCCAAGCAUUGCCAUGGCCUUGCGACCUAAGAAUUUUAUACCAGAUUCUUCCAUCCCGGGCUUUUCUAUGAUGGCCCAGCAAUCAAGAUAUGGAAUGGGAGUUGGAACUCCAAGAAGUUUGCAGGAGCAUGGAUUAAAUUCUACUAUUAAUUCAUCAGGGGCUUCUCCUACUACACAAGAUGUCAUGAUUUCGUAUGCUGAUAAUGCUAACUCAAGUGCCACUCUUCGUGCGAAAAGGGAUAAUCAAGACGGACAAGCAUCACCUUUAUCCAAUAUUGCAAAAAGAACGAGGCCUACUUCGACAAGUGUUGAUGCAAUGCAGCAGCAACAAAUAGGCUCACAUGUUGAAGCUCUUCAGGGUACAGAUAUGAAUUGGCAGAAUACACUAUUACAUCCACAAGCAAUGGCGAGGAGUAUUCAGUAUACAAGUGGUGGCAUUCAGAAGUUUCCCCAGCAGGUUUUUGAAGGGGCGCUGAAUCAAGAGACGGGGGCUGCUCCGUUUGCUUCUGGUCAACAUGGCAUGAGGUUGGUUGCCAAGGAAGAACAGUUUGAGAUGGAAAAAGUAGAUGGUGCAGAGAUAAACCGCAAUAGAAGUGAGAUGGAAAUGGAUACCAACAAUUUAGACCCCCAACAAUUGCGACUUCAGCAUCGAUUGCCUCAGCAUGCAUUCAUGAGAUCCAAUUUCCCUCAGGCAACCUGGAAUAAUCUAGGUCAGCAUGUGGAUAAGGAAACAAAAAAAGAGGAUCAGCUUCAGAAGAGGAAAUCAGUACAGAGUCCUCGUUUAUCUACAGGGGCAUUACCUCACUCCCCAUUAUCCUCAAAAUCUGGUGAAUUUUCCAAUGGUUCAGUUGGACCAAAUUUUGGACCAUCUUCAAUGGCUGCUGCACCUACAGCAUCACAAAAAGAAAAGACAGCAAUGGCCUCAGUCCCUGCUGCUGUUGGAACUCCAUCCAAUGAUUCUACACAAAGACAACAGGCACAACUAGUUGCAAAACGGAAAUCUAAUUCCCUUCCCAAGACCCCGGCAAUGAAUGGAGUUGGUUCUCCUGCUAGUGUUGGUACAACCAGUGUCCCAUUAAAUGCAAAUAGUCCCUCAAUUGGGACCCCGGGUUUGGUUGAUCAAGGUCUUCAAAAUAUGUUUGAAAGGUUUUCAAAAAUUGAAAUGGUGACAAUGAGGCAUCAACUUAACUUUAAGAAGAACAAAGUGGAUGAUUAUCAUAUUAAGAAGCAGAAUGCCUAUUCACCACAGCCUUUAGCGAUGUUACUUGCCAAUGCAAAUAAUAAUGAGGGAUUGAUAGAUGAGCCAAAUUCUUUGUCAAAGUCACUUAUAGGUGGGAGUAUGAACCCGUGCAAAAUGAGAGUCUUGACUUUUUAUUGGCCUGAGCAUGUAGUUCAAGGAAAUGUUGUUUCUAUAAUUCCUAGGUUGCGAACUAGGAUGAUAAUGUCUGAAAGGCCAUCUGAUGGUACUGUGGCUAUGCAUUAUGGGGACAUAGAAGAUGGUGAUUUCAUAGCUGCAGAGGAUCAUCUCCCCACAUUACCCAAUACUCAUUUUGCGGAUUUGCUUGCCCAACAGUUCAGUUCACAGAUGGAACGUGAAGGAUAUGUGAGGGAAGAUGACCGGAUCCAACCCAAACCAAACCGUAUAAACCUUCCACUGGGCAGUCAAUCUAGUGUACCUCCUAAUAACUCUGCAGUUGAAAUGCAGCAAUAUGGAGAACAAAUUCCUGGUCAGUCAUCCAAUGAAGUCGUAAAACCAGUCAGUGGCAGUAAUGCACCUUUAAACAUAUCUCAGAAUCUUGUAGCAAACCCAAGAAUGGUGCCACCUGGAAACCCUCAAGCCUUACAGAUGUCCCAAGGACUUCUCUCUGGUGUUUCAAUGGCUCCAAGACCACAGCAACUGGAUUCACAACAAGCAGUACAGCAGCAGCAGCAGCAGCAACAACAACAGCAGCUGCAACAGAAUCAACACUCUCUCAUUCAACAGCAGAAUCCCCAGUUCCAGAGAUCUCCUAUGAUGCUUGGAACAAAUCAGCUUUCACACUUAAAUGCAGUUGGACAGAACUCCAACAUGCCAUUGGGUAAUCACAUGCUCAACAAGACUUCAGCUCUCCAGAUUCAGAUGUUACAGCACCAGCAACAACAACAGCACCAGCAACAGCAGCCACAAAUGCAGAGGAAAAUGAUGAUGGGACUUGGAACAGCUAUGGGAAUGGGUAACUUGAGAAAUAGCAUAGUUGGGCUUGCACCCAUGGGAAAUCCUAUGGGAAUGGGAGCUGCAAGGGGAAUAGGAGGAACUGGAAUCUCGGCACCAAUGACAUCUAUUGCUGGCAUGGGAAAUAUGGGUCAGAACCCGAUGAAUCUUAGCCAGGCUUCAAGUAUUACCAAUUCUAUAAGCCAACAAUUCAGGUCAGGAUCAAUAACUCCCACACAAGCUGACAUUAUAUCAAAGCUUAGAAUGGCAAGUCGUGGAAGCAUGCUAGGGUCACCUCAAUCUAGCAUAGCUGGCAUCUCAGGAGCCAGGCAAAUGCACCCUGGCUCUGCUAGUCUUUCAAUGUUGGGUCAGUCUCUGAAUAGGGCUAAUAUGAGUUCACUGCAGCGAGCAAUUGGACCUAUGGGUCCACCAAAGCUGAUGGCCGGGAUGAAUCUUUAUAUGAAUCAGCAGCAGCAACAUCAACAACCACAACAGCAACAACACCAACAGCAGUUUCAAUUACAACAGCAGUUGCAGCAGCAAUUACAGCAGCAGCAAGAAACAACUUCACAAUUGCAGGCAGUUGUUUCACCCCCACAGGUGGGAUCACCAUCUACGAUGGGAGUUCCACCAUUGAACCAACAAACACAGCAGCAAGCAAGCCCUCAGCAAAUGAAUCAACGAACCCCGAUGAGUCCCCAACAGAUGAGCUCAGGUGCAAUUCAUGCCAUGAGUGCUGGUAAUCCCGAAGCUUGUCCCGCAAGUCCACAGUUGAGCUCUCAGACCCUUGGCUCUGUUAGUAGUAUAACGAACUCCCCUAUGGACAUGCAAGGUGUUAACAAGAGCAAUUCUGUCAGUAAUGCACAAUGAAGUUACAAAGCCUAAAAUGUCCCAAUCAAUGCCCCUGCCACCUCAGUUGUUGGAUACUCUGUUGCAGCAAGCAAGCAAAUGAUGUUGAAUUUUUUAGCAUUAAAAUAUGCUAGAAAAUGAGUGAAUCGUGAUGGAUGAUAUAUAUAUAUAUAUAUAACAUAAAGCAUAUUUGAAUGUCGUAACUCUAGAAGAAAUCACAUGUAUUGUUUCAGUUGUAAAUAGUUCCUUGUUUUCCUUGCAAUCAUUGAACACGAGGAAGUUUUGUGAUGUUUAGGCCAAGAUUAACAUGAAAGAUGUAUCUAUUGCAUAGCUACUUUAUUGAGUGCAGUAGCAACUAGACUUUAUUCUCACCGAAAGGGUAGCGCCUUAUUCUCAGGCGCUUGUUUCAUCUUUACAUUGUUCUAUUUAAUGUAUACAAGUUGAUUCAUAAAUUUGCCUACCUAUUAACGGUUUUUGUU